GCUCCCCACAUCCCAAAGCACAGCCAGAGGAUGCUUCAAACUUCCCAAAGAACGACAUGGCAGUCCCUUUCCCGUCAUCUUAAAUAUCAGAAAAAGUCAUUUUAGGUCGCCGUUGGAAACACGCUUCGCAGGUGAGCGGCGCGUCCAUGGAGCGCCAGCGCGUCAGCGGCCGCGGCGCGUCCUCACACACCGCCCCCGCCGUGAAGAAGCACCGGCACAAACACAGCCUCAAGCGCCGCUUCGAAGUGCUGGAGACCCUGGGAAGAGGCACGUACGGCAAGGUCAAGCGAGCCGUGGAGAGACAGUGUGGAAAGACCGUGGCUAUUAAAUCCAUCAGGAAGGAGAGAUUGAGGGACGAUCUGGAUAAAGCUCACAUCCAGAGAGAAAUCGAGAUCAGCGCGUCUCUAGUGCACCCACACAUCAUCCGUCUGUACGAGGUGUUCGAGAGCAGAGACAGGAUCGUGAUGGUGAUGGAGUACGCGAGCGGAGGAGAGCUCUACGAAUACAUUCAGGACAGACAGAGACUGUCAGAGGAGGAGGCCAGGCACUUCUUCAGACAGAUCACCUCUGCCGUGCAGUACUGCCAUCAAAAUGGUGUAGUUCAUCGUGACCUCAAACUGGAGAAUAUACUUCUGGACACAGACUUAAAUGUGAAGUUAGCCGACUUUGGCCUAUCCAACCGCUACACGAGAGGCCGGUGUCUGGACACGUUCUGCGGGAGCCCGCUGUAUGCGUCACCAGAGAUCAUCAACGGACUUCCUUACCGCGGGCCUGAGGUGGACUGUUGGUCUCUGGGUGUGCUGUUAUAUGCUCUGGUUUACGGCUCCAUGCCUUUCGAUGGCACAACUUACAGCGUCCUUAAAGAGCAGAUCCGCCACGGACGAUAUAAAACCCCUGAUGUCCUUUCAGAGGCCCGCUCAUUGAUCAGAUGGAUGCUCACAGUGAAAACAGAAGACCGAGCCACCGUGGAAGACAUCGCUAACCACUGGUGGCUCAACCUAAACUGUCCCAAAGCUUCAGAGAGUAAACCGUGCGCCUCUACUCUACCCAGAAAGAAACACAAGGAAAGAACAUUGAUCUCAAACAGCAGCUUCGCCCUGCUGGCGCCGCUCCAAUCGUCUGCCCACAGCCAGCCCAGGAAGGGCAUCCUGAAGAACCUCUGCAGUCAGGUCGAGUACACAGACAGGUCUGGGGCUGCUGGAAGCGGUGCGGCAGCGACUAGCGAGGACGUGGAAGAUGACGCGAGGAAGAGGAAGGGCAUUCUUAAAUGUAAUGGGAAGUUCUCAGGGGUUUCUCCAAUCACGUCGGCUCCUACCUGGUCACAUGGUUUCGGCAAAACUAGCCAGGAGUGUGCUGGAGGUGAGCAGCAGGAGAUGGAGUUUGAGAUCGAGAUCUCCCUGUGGAAAGCACACCAGUCGACAGCGAUACACUUUCCAAAGAGUAGCUAUUUUGAUGUGCAAUGAUCGUAAAUGCAUCGGAAUUAAUAACAAAGAAUAUAAGUAAUAUUGUACAGUUCAAUGUGCGUUAAGUAUCAUGAAUCUUAUGUAGCAUUUAUUAAUCGAGGUGAAUGCUACUGUAUUAUAUUAUUUAAUUUGAUUUGAUGAAAAUAAAAUGUUAUUUUUUUGUAUUUAAUUUAUAAAUAUACUAUUGGGUAUUGGUAAUUACGUUUUUUUGUCAUGUUGCUAUUCAAAACUAUUCCAACUAUUCAAAAUAUGUUGAAAAUAUACAGAAAUUAAGCGUUCAUUUGCAAAAAAAAGGAUGUGUAUUUUUUUCCCCAGAAAUGAAGGUUUUUUUUUCAUUCAAAGUAAUAUCAAUCAAACUGCAGCUGGAUUGUUUUGAUUGAGCAAUAUAUACUUUACAAAGUGAACUUAACCUUGUCACCUGACCUGAAUACAGUGCGCUGAUUCGCUAAAAUGGAUUUAUAGGCUUCUGUUCGAAAACAAGAGCGCUUGUCAGCUUCUGAAAUAAAACGUGAACUUGUGAUGCCUUGAAAGUGGAAAAUACAUGUUUAGGUUGCAGGUGGUGCUAAAUAAUGCCAGGCAAUGGGCUUUUUAUUUCUUUUUUUAAAGUGCAGUUUA